AUGGCUUCCAUAUGUCCUCGGGCCACCUCCCGAUUGCUCCCUGCUAGUAGAAAUACCAUAACAAGAUCCAAUUCCCAAUUCACAGCUCUCAGAUCUCUAAGUACACCAUACGGCUUCCGUCGCUUCCUCGCAACAGCAUCAUCAAACCCCUCCUCUCCUUCUACUACAAACAAUGGAACAGCUAUCGUAAUGUUGAACAUGGGUGGCCCACAGACUGUCGACGAAGUUGGCGACUUCCUUUCCCGUCUCUUCGCAGACAAAGACCUCAUCCCCCUCGGUCCCCUCCAAAACUACUUAGGUCCUUUCAUUUCUCGCCGACGUACUCCUAAAAUCCAAGAACAAUAUGCCGCAAUAGGCGGUGGUUCGCCCAUUCUAAAAUGGACCGAACUGCAAGCCCGCGAAGCUUGUAAUAUACUCGACCGUAUCCACCCCACCACUGCCCCUCACCGUCCCUACGUCGCCUUCCGCUACACAAACCCUCUCACCGAAAAUACCUUCCAACAGAUGCUCUCCGACGGUGUAACCAGAGCUGUGGCCUUUACUCAAUACCCACAAUACAGCUGUUCAACCACAGGCAGCAGUCUAAACGAACUAUGGCGUCUAUCCAAGAAACUAGAUAAGGAAGAACAAAUAAAAUGGUCGGUGAUAGACCGCUGGCCCAUUCAUUCGGGUUUAGUUGAAACAUUUGCCCGCCAUAUCGAGGAAACCCUAUCUACAUACCCAGAAUCCGAAAGAUCAGAAGUAACCCUCCUCUUCACCGCUCAUUCUCUACCAAUGUCCGUUGUAAACCGCGGAGACCCAUAUCCGGCGGAAGUAGCAGCGACAGUAUGGGCCGUAAUGGAGCGGUUAAAGUUCAAAAAUCCAUACCGCCUAGUAUGGCAAAGCAAAGUUGGGCCGUCGCCGUGGUUAGGCCCUCCAACUGCGGAUACCGUCGAAAAUUAUGUAAAGAAGGGACAGACAAAUCUACUAUUAAUCCCUAUCGCAUUCACCUCUGACCAUAUCGAAACCCUCUACGAACUAGACCAAGAAGUCAUCGCCCAUGCAAAGGAACCCGGCAUCAAACGUGCCGAAUCCCUCAACGGUGACCCAAUAUUCAUCAAGGCGUUAGCAGAUAUCGUAAAAUCACAUUUUGAAAACUCAUCACAGAGCACAAAGCAGCUAUACUUGCGCUGUCCGAUGUGUACAAACGCAAAAUGCAGAGAACAAAAGGCCUUUUUCAAACGACAUCAAUCUGCACUCGAAGCUUCAUCUUAA